ACUUCUUUGUGUUGUGAAGAUCUCCACUCUGUUCUUAUCACAAACCGAUCUCUCAGAAAACUGGAUUUAUCGGAAAAUCCAUUGCAGGACUCAGGAAUAAAACGUCUGUGUGAGGGACUCCAAGAUCCAGGAUGUACGCUGCAAGACCUAAGAAUUGUUUCAUUGUUCUGGAACAUUAUUGUGCUGUCAGAGUCUCUACUCGGUUGUUUCUACAAAUCGGACUCUGACCAGAUUGGAGACAAGACUGUGUGCCACUCUACCCGAUUUUAAAGUAGAUCUUUGUGUGGAGCAUUUACGACGACUGGGCUGCAUUGUGGAGCAGAUUUUGGAUGAUUUUUCCUGGUCGGGGAUAUAUAACAUUCACUGACAUUGUAUAUACAAGACAGAGCUCAGUGGACCAAUGA